AUGCGCUCUGUGCUCUCCACCAUGAAGCGGUGGCUGUUACUGGCAACACCUCUUUCCUCUCCGUUGUCUCCGUCGCGGGGUGGCGGUCUGGCUGCAUCGUGGUCUUCCUCACACUUUUUCCAGGGCUGCGGCGCAGUGUGUGCACUGACAAAUUCAACGCGCGCCUACACAACGUUGACACGGCUGCUGCGGCAGUCAUGGAAGUCCAGGAAUCUGCGCCCGUGGAUGUGCGCGAAGGAGUCCUGCCGCGUGGUGAACGCCGAAACACGCAAAGAGUGUGAGUCCUGUGGAGCAGAAAAGCCGCAGCUGCUCGGGUGGAAGUGCGUGGGUUGCACCACCAUCAACUACGCCGGAGUGCGGAAGUGCAGGAAGUGCGAGGAGGCGAGCGACAAGAGCAAGGGCUUCUGGAUGUGUGCGGUCUGCCAUGAAAACAACCGCGUCGACGAGAUAGAGGACAACAGUCGUUGCGGCUUCUGCGGGUACAAUAUGGCACCCCACAGCGUCGCAGAGGAUGAAAUCCUGCGCCGCGCGCAGGAGAAGGCCGUGAUACUGCAGCAGCAGCAGGAGCACUAUGACUCCAUCUCGUACAAGGAUGCAGACGAACAAUUUACAAAUCCACUCGAAGGCGCGGGGGCCUUGGAUCCAUCACUGCGCGCUACCCACUCUGGCAGAGAGGCGCCAAUUCCUGGGCGUCUGCUGAAACUGCCAGCUGUGGGGCCCUUUGUUCCCGGGGACGUACCCGAAACGCGGCAUUCACCGCUGCAUCAGCGAAGAAAAGUGAAUCCAGCUUUACAGACCGUAUUGGACGGAGCGAAUCUCCCAGAGGGUCCGCCUGGGUUUGACUGGAUGUGCCGCAACUCGAGCUGUGGCCAGAUAAACCCCGGCGAUGAAGAGAGUUGCUUAAAGUGUGGUACGCACAUUACCCCUGCCGAGUGGGAAUGCCCGCUCUGUGCGGCCUUGAACCACCUUGCACGCUCGCGCUGCUUUCACUGUAGAAGUCGUAUUCCCGUUUGUUGGACCUGCCGUGCGUGCCAAGGGACGACGAGCAUCUAUGACAAGGUUUGCCGCGGCUGCGGCAUGGAUCGCCCGGCCGCGGAGCCCAGGACGGUUCGCGAAGUGGAGCGAAACGGUGGCGGCCAUGCUAGAAGCUACGUCCCACAAGGGAAUAGAGCUCGUGGUGAGUGGUACUGCUCGACAUGUAGCUCCUUGAAUUACUCUCGUCGUACAGAAUGCUUCCAGUGCAGCUCGCCGCGACCCUCAUCACCGGCUCAAGCGGUUACCGACUCGUUUAGCGCCACUGGCUGGGGAGAGAUGGAUGGUACUGGCACCGCCGCCAUCGCUACAGCAGUACAACACAACAACUGGAUAUGUGUGUACUGCCAGACGAGCAACUUCCGCACGCGACGCGACUGCUGGAAGUGUGGCCGUGCCACAGAGCGGGCCGAUGAGUGGUCUAGCAAGGGGCUGGCCCCGCAAUACGAGCAUGAGGGCUUCCAGGAAGGCUCGGGCGCCAGAUCUGCCGAGGGAAAUAUGAACCCGUCGUGGAGGACGUCGGGAGACUGGAUGUGCGCGAAGUGUUACUCAAAGAACUUCAGGAGUCGUCUUGAGUGUUUCCGCUGCGGUGCUCGCAAGCUUGCUGUGUCGGCUUCUCGAGGCUGCGGAGCACGCAAGCCUGUAAAGCUAUAG